AUGGCGUCAUGCGCAAGCCUAGAUCCUCAAAAGAAGGUUUGGAUGGUUACUGGUUCGUGUUUUGGUUUGUGGAACCUACGAUUUACUUUCCAAACGGCCGCCAUCCUUGGAAAAUGCCGACCAUACCCUCCGCCUCGAUUAUUGAAUUUGCGCUGGUCAGGUCUUGAUCGCUACUUGAAAUCUAAUCUCUUCACUUUAUGCGCAGGCACCUCCUCCGGCUUCGGAAAGCGACUCGUUCCAAUCAUUCUCGCUCGAGGAGAUUAUGUGAUUGCAACGGUCAGGAAACCAGAAGACUUUCAGGUCGUCGUGUCCGAAUCAGAUGUCCAUCGCGUGCAUAUCAUCCUGCUCGAUCUGAAAGAAUCUGAGCAGAGCAUUAAAGAGAAAGUCAAAGGGGCACUUGCGAAAUGGGGCCGCGUUGACGUGCUUAUCAACAAUGCCGGCACUGCCCCGAAGGGAUUACUACCAGAGGGCGGGGCCGAAUUCUUUAUGGAACACCUCCAGAUCAAUGUCAUCGGGACCAUGAGUGUUACCAAUGCCGUCCUUUCCAACAUGCGAGAAAGGCGCACAGGGACUGUUGUGUUCUUGGGUAGUCGUUCCGCAUGGAGGCCGGACAUAAUUUUGGCCGGAUAUUACUCAGCCUGGAAGGCAGCAAUACAUUCCCUGGGUGCGUCGUACGCAGCAGAAUUAGAACGCUUCGGUGUUCGUGUUACGGUCUUCUGUCCAGGAGGUUUCCGGACAGAAAACAUACACACGUGGCCAAUUUUGAUCAACGAUCACAUCCCCGAAUAUGAUGCUCUUCGAGAGGAAACGAGCGCCCUAUUCAAUGCGAAUUGGAAGAAAGCGCCAGGAGACCCAGUGAAGGCCAUGGAACUCCUGGUAGACGUCGUGAACGGGGAGGGAAAAGCAGCUGGAAAGAAAUUUCCUUUGUAUCUGCCCGUUGGAAACGCUACUUUCGAUGCCGCGCGGGCGUACUGGCAGAACCUGUCUCAGACAAUGGAUGAGUGGGAGGACGUGGCGAAGAACUUGAACUUUGACGAGGAAGAAUGA